AAAAAAAUAAUUAGUUGACAAAGGUGGAGUCUUUUUGCAAAUGUCAAAGUUAUCUCAAUCAAAGGAAACAAAAGCUUCACCGGUAUCUCAAAAAAAUAAGUAAGAUAACUCACCUUAAUGUAUACAAUGUGUUGUUGUGAAUGAAAUCUAAUAGCAUAUAUAUUAUAUUUUCAGGGAAUCAAAUGGAACUACAGAAAUGGAUGAUCCGAAGAAGACGUUGUCGAGGGUUACUCAAUUGAUCGAACAAUUGCAUUCCGACGUGUCUUCACCUCACGAAAAGGAACUCACCACCGCUCGUUUGCUAGGCAUUGCUAAAGCAAGAAAGGAAGCGCGUGCGCUCAUCGGUUCGCACGGUCAAGCAAUGCCGUUGUUCGUGUCCGUCCUUAGAAGCGGUACUAUAACGGCGAAAAUAAACGUCGCCGCGACGUUGAGCGUCAUGUGUAGAGAUGAGGAUUUGAGGGUGAAAGUGCUUCUCGGCGGAUGCAUCCCCCCGUUACUUUCGCUCUUGAAGUGCGACGUGGCCGAAGCUAGGAAGGUGGCUGCAGAGGCGUUGUGUGAGGUGUCGUCGGGUGGGCUUUCGGACGAUCACGUGGGCAUGCAAAUAUUCGUUACAGAAGGCGUGGUGCAGACCUUGUGGGAGCAGUUGAAUCCGAAACGUAAACAGGACAAACUCGUGCAAGGGUUCGUUGCCGGGGCGUUGAGGAAUCUUUGCGGCGAUAAAUACGGCUAUUGGCAAACGACACUAGAUGCCGGUGGAGUCGACAUAAUUCUCGGUCUUCUCUAUUCCGACAAUCAUGUUUCUCAAUCUAAUGCCGCAUCUCUACUAGCGCGCCUCGUUUUGGCUUUCGCGGAUAGUAUACCGAAGGUAAUCGAUUGCGGGGCGGUGACAACUUUGCUCGGGCUCUUAGGUCCAAAAAACGACGUCUCCGUGAGAGCCAAUGCGGCCGAAGCACUAGAAGCUCUUUCUUUAAAAUCAACUAAAGCUAAGCAAGCGAUUCUCGACGCCCAAGGCAUGUCGGUGCUUAUCGGAUCCGUAGUUGCGCCUUCUAAAGAAUGCAUACAAGGAGAGUGGGGCCAGGCUCUUCAGCAACACUCAACACGAGCUUUAGCGAAUAUACGCGGUGGGAUGCCUUCUCUAAUGCUCUAUCUCGGAGAACUUUCGCAGUCGCCGAGGCUAGCUGCUCCGGUUGCUGAUAUAAUCGGAGCACUUGCUUAUACGCUAACGGUCUUCAAGCACAGUGGUAACGACGAACCAUUUCAAUCGACAAAAAUUGAAAGCAUUUUGAUUAUGCUCCUAAAACCGAGAGAUAAUAAGUCGGUGCAAGAACGUCUCCUCGAGGCAAUGGGUAGCCUGUACGGCAACCCCCAUCUAUCGUCCGGAAUAAAUCAACCGGAAGCUAAAAAAGCUCUUGUCGAGCUGAUAAUAAUGGCAACCGGUGAUGCACAAGAGUAUUUAAUUGCGUCGCAUAUAAAACUAUGCACUCAAGGAGUAAGCAUAUGGGAGGCCUUGGGAAAAAGAGAAGGAAUACAAAUAAUUAUUUCGUCUUUGGGUUUAUCGAGCAAACAGCAUCAAGAGUAUGCCGUUGAGAUGCUUGCGAUCCUGACGGAACAAACGGACGACAGCAAAUGGGCAAUCACUGCGGCCGGUGGAAUUCCACCGCUCGUUAAACUGAUCGAGGUCGGGUCGCGUAAAGCAGGGGAAGACGCGGCUCGUAUGUUAUGGAACUUGGGUUGUCACAGUGAAGAUAUUCGAGCUUGCGUGGUUAGUUCUGGAGCUAUCCCGGCGCUUGUAUGGCUCCUAAACAACGGUGGACCGAACGGGCAAGAAGUCUCUGCUAAGGCACUAGUAAAUCUUCUCAAAACUGCUGAUCCGACCGCUGUUAAUCAAUUGUUACCUCUACUCCUCGGAGAAUCUCCGAGUUCCAAGACGCACGUCGUCAAAGUUUUGGGCCACGUACUUUCUACGGCAUCACAUAAUGAUUUAGUUCAUAAGGAUUCCGUUGUUAAUAUAGGUCUGAGGUCACUUGUCAAGGCACUCAAUUCAUCGAACGAAAAGACCCGACAAUAUGCCGCAUCGGUUCUGGUUGAUGUAUUCACUUGUAGGCAAGAUAUAUACGAUAGUCUGGCGGCAGACAAAGUUAUCGAUUCUUCUAUGAAACUUAGCAAAAUUAAAGGCAUUGUAAGCAAUUCAGCUCGGGCACUGGGAGACGUCCGGUCUUUAAUCAAGUUAGCGAAAACGUCGUCCAUCGAUUCUGCAGAAACAGCAAUGGUUGCAUUGGCUAAUUUACUGUCGGAUCCGCAGUUGGCUGCGGAAGCGCUUGCCGAGCACGUCGUUUCAGCUAUAACAAGAGUUAUGGGAGAAGGAUCCACAGAGGGUAAAAAAAGCGCUUUUCGCGCUCUUUAUCAAUUAUUGAAGCAUUUUCCAUUAUGCGAUUUAUUAAUAGGGAGCUCGCAGUACCGAUUCGUUGUUCUUGCGGUUGUUGAUUUGUUAAACGCAAUGGACAUGGAUAACGACGAUGUUGUCGAUGCCUUAGAAAUUGUCGCGCUCAUGUCACAGGCGAAGCAGGGUAAUAGCUCGAUUUACGCACCAUGGGCUGCGCUUUCUGAUGUCCCGUCAAGCUUAGACCCUUUGGUGCGUUGCCUUUGCGAGGGACCACACCGUGUGAAAGAUAAAGCAAUAGAAAUUUUGUCUCGACUUUCCGGGGAUCAACCGGUUUUGUUAGGUGACUUAUUGGUCUCAAACACGAGGUCGAUUGGUGCAUUAGCUAGUAGAAUAAUAAAAUCUAACAGCCUAGAAGUGAGAGUCGGAGGAACAUCGCUUCUCAUUUGUGCUUCCAAGGAACACAAAGCUCGAUCGAUGGAUGCGCUCGAGGCAUCUGGAUACAUAGAACCUCUUAUCUACGCAUUAGUGGACAUGAUCAAGCAAAAUUCCUCUACCCUUUCUCUUGAGAUCGAAAUUAGAACACCUAGAGGAUAUAGAGAUAGAUCGGCUUUUCGAAACGGUGACGAUUUCGAUGUUCCCGAUCCCGCAACCGUCUUGGGAGCUACUGUUGCCUUGUGGUUGCUAUCGAUAGUUUCUUUUUCCCACUCGAAGAAUAAAAUCACUGUGAUGGAAGCUGGUGGGCUCGAAGCGUUAUCUGACAAGAUUUCGAGACAUGCUAACAAUGAACAUACCGACUUUAAGGAUACGGAGGGAAUAUGGAUUAGUAAUGUCCUUGCGGCUGUACUUUUUCAGGAUGCUAACGUGGUCUCGUCUCCUAUGGCAAUGCAUUUCGUGGACCCACUCGCGGUCCUUUUGAAGUCGGAUGAAAUGAUCGACAGAUUUUUCGCUGCUCAGGCAAUGGCUAGUCUCGUUAGCCAUGGGAACAGCGUGAUAAAUCUCGCGAUAGCGAAUUCAGGUGCGAUAGAUGGGUUACUAACACUAAUUGGAUACUUGGAAUCGAAAAUGCCAAACUUGAUAGCCUUAUCUGAAGAAUUUUCUUUGGUUGGGAAUCCCGAGCAGGUCGUACUCGAUUGUCUAUUCCAGAUUGAUGAUGUCAGAGUUGGUUCAUUUGCUCGAAAGACUAUCCCUUUGCUUGUUGAUUUGUUGAAACCGAUUCCGGAUAGACCUGGAGCCCCGCCUUUUGCGGUUCGUCUUUUGACUCAGAUCGCGGAUGGAAACAACACUAAUAAAUUAUUGAUGGCUGAAGCCGGGGCUCUCGAAGCUCUGACCAAAUAUCUAUCUUUAAGUCCUCAGGAUUUAACGGAGGCUACCAUAUCCGAAUUACUGAGAAUAUUAUUUACCAAUCCGGAACUUCUUCGGUACAAACAAGUAAUCAAUUGCAUGGAUCAACUCGUUGCCGUUCUUCACUUGGGAUCAAGGAGCGCGAGACUAAGCGCCGCUAGAGCGUUGAAUCAGCUAUUCGAUGCCGAGAAUCUCCGGGAUUUGGAAUCGUCGACUCAAGCGAUCCAGCCUUUAGCCGAUAUGCUUAAUGCUACUCUGGAAUGUGAACAAGAGGCUGCUUUAAGUGCGUUACUUAAAUUGACUUCGGAUAGUGCGUCGAAGGUAGCUAUACUUGCCGAAGUCGAAGGGAAUCCUCUUCAUAGCCUUUGUAAGAUCAUCUCCUCGGCCGCUUCUUGGGAAUUGAAAAGUGAUGCCGCGGAGCUUUGUUGUGUGAUGUUCGGUAAUCCGAGGGUUAGAGAAAUGCCGACGGCCUCCGAAUGCAUCGAGCCUUUGAUAUUGCUGAUGCAGUCUAAUCAAGAAACGGCAGUGGAAUCUGGUAUUUGCGCUUUCGAGAGACUAUUGGACGACGAUCAACAAGUGGAGAUUACAUCCGACAAUGACUUUGUUGGUAUGCUCGUCGGUUUGGUUUCGGGAUCAAAUUAUCGGCUUAUCGAAGCGAGCAUCAGUGCACUUAUUAAGUUGGGGAAAGAUAGAACUCCGCGCAAAUUGGAUAUGGUUAACGCCGGAAUCAUAGAUAAUUGUCUCGAGAUACUGCCGACGGCCCCCAACUCAUUGUGUUCCAUGAUUGCGGAGCUCUUCCGAGUCUUGACGAACAGUAGUGCCAUUUCGAAAAGCUCGGCCGCGGCGAAAAUUAUAGAACCUCUUUUUAUGGUACUAAUCAAGAAAGAUUUCGGUCUGUUGGGACAACAUAGCGCCCUGCAAGCGCUCGUUAACAUUCUGGAAAAACCUCAAAGUCUUUCGACCUUGAAAAUUUCUCCGAGUCAAGUCAUCGAACCUCUAAUCUCGUUUCUCGAAUCCCCGUCACAAGCUAUCCAACAGCUUGGCACUGAGUUGUUGUCGCAUCUCCUCGCGCAGGAGCAUUUCAAGAAAGAUAUAACGACAAAAAGUGCAGUCACUCCUCUCGUUCAGCUUGCCGGAAUCGGUAUAUUGAGUUUACAACAAACCGCGAUAAAUGCAUUGGAAAAAAUUUCCUUGAAUUGGCCAAAGGCGGUUUCCGAUGCAGGCGGUAUUUUCGAGCUUUCCAAAGUCAUCAUUCAAGACGAGCCCUUGCCCUCCGAGGAUUUAUGGGAGUCCGCUGCCUCGAUUCUUUCGACUCUUCUGCAGUUCAACACCGAAUACUAUCUCGACGUUCCGGUCGUGGCACUCGUGAGAAUGCUGCGCUCGUCUCUCGAUAACACCAUCAAGGUUGCACUAAAUGCUCUCGUCGUUCAAGAAAAGGCCGACGGUUCGAUGGCCGAACUGAUGGCCGAGGUCGGUGCUAUAGAUGCUUUGUUGGACUUACUGAGGUCCCACCGGUGCGAAGAAGCCUCAGGUAGACUACUGGAAGCUUUAUUUAACAAUUCACGAGUACGCGAAAUGAAGGCUUCUAAAUACGCGAUUGCGCCGUUGGCUCACUAUUUGUUGGACCCGCAAACAAGAUCGCAAUCCGGUAGGCUUUUAGCAGCACUCGCUCUCGGCGAUCUCUCCCAACACGAAGGGCUUGCUCGAGCUACCGACUCUGUUUAUGCGUGCCAGGCGCUAGUCGGCAUGCUCGUAGAUCAAACUAAGGACGAAAUGCAAACGGUUGCUAUUUGUGCGCUGCAAAACUUCGUCGUGCGAAGCAGAACCAAUCGGAGGGCCGUCGCUGAAGCAGGCGGCGUAUCGGUGAUUCAAGAACUCGUCCAGUCCCCGAACGCGGAAGUUGCGGCACAUGCAUCACUGCUUAUAAAGUUUUUAUUUUCAAACCACACUCUGCAAGAAUACGUGUCGAACGAGCUGAUCAAGUCGUUGACCGCUGCUCUGGAGAGCGAGUUGCGGUCGACAUCCACCGUGAACGAAGAGGUUUUGCGGACGAUACACGUUAUUUUCGCCAACUUUCACAAACUCCACAUUUCCGAAGCGACAACGCUAUGUAUUCCUCAUCUAGUGACAUCGCUAAAAUUAGGGACGGAGGCCGCUCAGGAUUCGGUACUGACUAUCUUGUGCUUGUUGAAACGUUCGUGGUCCUCGAUGCCACUCGACGUGUCGAAAUCCCAAGCUACGAUCGCGGCCGACGCCAUACCCACCUUGCAAAUGCUAGUGAAAACUUGCCCCCCGAGUUUUCACGAAAGAGUCGAGAGCUUAUUGAAUUCUUUACCGGGCUGUUUAACGGUCAUCGUUAACAGAGCAAACAAUUUGAAGCAGGCCAUGGGAGGCACCAAUGCUUAUUGUCGUUUGGUCAUAGGCAACGGCCCCGCACGGCAUACUAAGGUUGUGAGUCAUAACACCUCACCAGAAUGGAAACAAGGGUUCACUUGGGCAUUCGACGUACCACCGAAAGGCCAAAAGCUACACAUUCAUUGCAGAAGCAAAAGUACUUUCGGGAAGACUAGUCUUGGGAGGGUGACAAUUCAAAUAGAUAAGGUGAUGAGUGAAGGAGUAUACAGCGGAGUUUUCAGCCUUUGUCGCGAGACUAAUAAAGAAAAUAAAGACGGGCCUUCGAGAACGCUUGAAGUCGAGAUAACAUGGUCCAAUCGGACGACGUCGAACGAACAACGUGUGUGAGAGGAGAUCCUCCAACACGUACGUACGCGUGCACGUA